CGCCCAGCAACCGCCGCUGGUCUGCGUAGGGACCCGGCGCCGGUGAAACCGACCAAACUGGAGUUACCUACCAGACUGUCCCGCGAGCGAAAGUUGGAAAUAAUACCUAAACCUACUUCUUGACAUGGUGUCAAAACAGAGCUUUUGCUGAGAGUUUGAUUUAUAAAGAAAUUAUGGUUCGACUGACUUUGGAUCUAAUUGCCAGAAACAGCAAUCUUAAACCCCGAAAAGAAGAAACCAUUUCACAGUGCCUGAAGAAAAUAACUCAUAUAAAUUUUUCAGACAAAAAUAUAGAUGCAAUUGAAGACCUCUCUCUUUGCAAAAAUCUUAGUGUUUUAUAUUUAUAUGAUAAUUGUAUUAGUCAAAUCACUAACCUGAAUUAUGCCACAAAUCUGACCCACUUGUACCUACAAAACAAUUGUAUUUCAUGUAUAGAGAACCUCAGGUCAUUAAAGAAACUGGAAAAACUGUAUCUGGGAGGCAAUUACAUUGCUGUCAUAGAAGGUUUAGAAGGAUUAGGAGAACUAAGAGAGCUUCAUGUUGAGAAUCAGAGGCUUCCCCUUGGGGAAAAGCUUCUGUUUGAUCCAAGAACUCUUCAUUCUCUGGCAAAAUCCCUCUGUAUAUUGAAUAUCAGCAAUAAUAAUAUUGAUGACAUUAGAGACUUAGAAAUACUGGAGAAUCUUAAUCAGCUCAUAGCCGUUGACAACCAACUUCUGCAUGUGAAGGAUUUGGAGUUUUUACUGAACAAGUUGAUGAAGCUGUGGAAAAUUGAUCUAAAUGGAAAUCCUGUUUGUCUCAAACCAAAAUACAGGGACAGACUGAUAUUGGUGUCCAAAUCACUGGAAUUUCUUGAUGGAAAAGAAAUUAAAAAUAUAGAAAGACAAUUCCUAAUGAAUUGGAAAGCAUCCAAAGAUGCCAAGAAAAUCAGCAAAAAAAGGAGCAGUAAAAAUGAGGAUGCAAGCAAUUCACUCAUAAGUAACUUCAAAACAAUGCAUCAUAUAGUUCCUGUUUAUUAGCCACAGGAAUCUCUCUUUGAAGCAAUCUGAAAGCUUGCUGACAAAAAAUGAUGUGCAUGAACCUCACCUCUUCCAUAACCCCGAAGAAAAAGAAAAUUUGUUUGUGGAAAAUGAGUAAAUUCAGCCUCAAGUGACAGGAAACGUUUGAUUUUGUUUUUAACCUUAUAGGACUAGGCAACAAUAUCUUUUGUGGGUUUGUAG